AUGAAGAGAGUGUCAACAUCAGUUUUUGGUUUGGGAGUUUUGUUAAUUCUCACAGUUGCAGCCAUGAAGCCAGUGAAUGGAUUCAGCUGUGUGGAGGCAAAACUUUCAUUGUUGGCAUGCUUACCUUUUCUGACGAGCAGUCAAGAUAGCCCUUCAACUGCUUGUUGUAAUGCAGUGAGCAAUGUGAGAGCUUCAGCACCUACAAAACCUGAACUUCGUGAGGCAUGUCUAUGUCUCACGGCAGCCGUCGGUGAAGUUCCUAAUCUUGACAAAGAUAGAGCCGUUCAACUUCCUAAACUAUCCAUGAAGCCCGUGAAUGGAUUCAGCUGUGUGGAGGCAAAACUUUCAUUGUUGACAUGCUUACCUUUUCUCACCAGCAGUCAAAAUAGCCCUUCAAGUGCUUGCUGUAAUGCAGUGAGCAAUGUGAAAGCUUCAGCACCUACAAAACCUGAACUUCGUGAGGCAUGUCAAUGUCUCACGGCAGCCGUCGGUGAAUUUCCGAACCUUGACAAAGAUAGAGCCAUUCAACUUCCUAAACUAUGUAACGUUGAUGUCGGUUUUCCCCUCACCAAAGACAUCGACUGUAAUAAGUAA